AUGGCUGCUCAACAGCCCACCACCGCGGUCCAGCCCUGUAGGUAUAAAACGGGAAAGACUCUCGGCGCAGGUUCAUACAGUGUGGUGAAAGAGUGUGUACACAUCGAUACUGGGCGAUACUAUGCGGCCAAGGUCAUCAACAAGCGCCUUAUGGCAGGACGGGAACAUAUGGUACGGAAUGAGAUAGCAGUGCUGAAGAGGGUGAGCAUGGGUCACCAGAAUAUCCUUACGCUUGUGGACUACUUUGAGACUAUGAACAAUCUAUACCUGGUCACCGACCUCGCUCUGGGCGGCGAGCUCUUCGAUCGCAUAUGCAGAAAAGGUUCAUACUUCGAAUCGGACGCCGCCGACCUCGUACGCGCCACCCUCUCAGCAGUAGCCUAUCUCCACGACCACGGCAUCGUUCACCGCGACCUCAAACCCGAAAACCUCCUCUUCCGCACCCCAGAAGAUAACGCCGAUCUGCUCAUAGCCGACUUCGGUCUAAGCCGGAUAAUGGACGAAGAGCAGUUUCACGUCCUGACCACCACCUGCGGAACACCUGGCUACAUGGCACCCGAGAUCUUUAAGAAGAGCGGCCACGGAAAACCAGUAGAUUUAUGGGCGAUCGGUGUGAUAACAUACUUCCUGCUUUGCGGCUACACUCCCUUCGAUCGCGAUAGCAAUCUGGAGGAGAUGCAAGCUAUCUUGGCCGCAGACUACAGCUUCACACCUCUAGAAUACUGGCGAAACGUGUCGCUCACAGCACGACAAUUCAUCAAACGCUGUCUAACCAUCGACCCCAUGACCCGGAUAACCGCCCACGAAGCCCUAAGCCACGAGUGGAUUGCCGGGCCCUCCUCCGGCCGCGGCGAAGAAGAUCUCCUGCCCACCGUGAAGAAGAACUUCAAUGCGCGUAGAACGCUGCAUAAAGCUAUCGACACCGUGCGCGCAAUCAACCAGUUGCGAGCAGGAGGCAUGGGAAUGAUGGAUGGUGCUCUAUCCAAAAAUCCGCAGAAGUCGCACCAACAUCCACAGGCCGCCGCUGCUGUUGCGCAGCCGAAGGAUGAGGGUGAUGUCAGUGCGGAUGGGCAGAUGGAUACUGCGAUGCCCGAUGCUGAUGGCAAUGCGCAUGAUUCUAUGGAUCCUAGGGGCCAUGGAAGGGGACAGUCGGAGGCGCAGAUUGCGGAGCAGCAACGACGAGUUGCACAGGCGCAACAAGGUCUUUGGCAGGGGAGGAACGCGCAGGCUGCGUGA